UAUAAAUAGACCGGAAAAACAUUUAUAUAAAAAUGUAUGUGAGAAGGACGCGAGAUCAUUGACAGAACGGCAGCUGGCGAUAAACAUGGCCAAAGACGAACAUGCAGUCACCGAACAACACAAAACAACUCAAAUUUAUUCGCACAAAAUGAACACGGGAAGGAGAAAAUGUACAUUUUCAAACACAGGUCGAAACAUGGAUCUUGAUGUGGACUUUGGUAGCCUCAGCCUCAAUGAGAGUGGCAUGGACACGUGUGAAUCUGGGGUAGAGGUGGGCAGCGUGGGUCAAGUGGUCAACACAUGUGUACGACUUGACAGUGUCAAUACAAACACCUGCCCCAGGUUUGUUUCUACAGAUGAAGGAUAUGAAAGCAAGUCAAUAUCUUUCACAGACAGAAUGUCCAUUCAGGAGACUGAGAACAACAGACUUGUGACAUCCAUGAGAUCGGUUGAUGUCUUUCAGGUGUAUCAUCAAGAUAAAGAUGGCGACACGGAUCUACAUACUGGAAUCAUUCAAGGACAUAUAUCUCUGGUGUUGUUGUUUAUAUCGGCGGCGCCGAACUAUGAGUGGUUGAACAUUACAAAUUUGCUCAAACAGACGCCCCUCCAUCUCGCUGUUAUUACUCGUCAGGUGAAUAUAGUCCGGCGACUGAUGACGGCCGGAGCAAGGGUUGACGUUACAGAUAUCCAUGGCAACACACCACUUCACAUAGCAUGUCGAGAGGGAUACCAGGAGAUCGUGGAAUGUCUUCUGAGACCUGUUUAUUAUGAGGAGACACUUCUGAACCAGUAUGAGAUUCCAUACCAAAGGAUACCCCAGGACUUGGAGAAUAGGAACUUUGAUGGACACACAUGUCUUCACCUGGCCGCCAUGUCGACACAUCUCAAAGUUCUUGAACUACUUCUGUCUAAGAAAGCUAGCAUCAAUGUGCGUGACGGCACCAGCGGAAGGACAGUUCUCCAUUACGCUGCUGAAACCGGAAACAGAAUUCUUCUUCACUUCCUGUUGUCACAGCGCCAUCUUGACAUUUGCUGCAGGACAUAUGGGGGUCUGACUCAUCUUCGUCUUGCUGCAGGGAGGGGGUUCGGGGAUGUCGUUUCCAUCCUCCUCGCCAACGGUGCAGACGUCACAGACAUAGACGGUUCAGAUCAGUCAGACGAAGAAGUAUUUGAUGACUUUUGUAUCAAUGGACACGCAGUUGCUUUGUAACAAUCAGGACAACAGAAUGAAUGGAUGUGUAACGCUGACGUAUCAGAAGACAAGCAAGCGAUAUUUUAAUGUUACAAUGAUUAACAUGUAUAUGUCUACCUGAACUUAUUGUGAUCCAGAACAUGCAGGAUACUGUGGUGUGUUUGUUUUCUUGUGAUAUAGAAUGAUAUUGAUAUUGUGUGCGUACGUGCGUGCGGAUGUUUGUUUGUUGUUCAACUCCUCACUCAGCUAUCAAGAGAGUCACCGAGCCUGACCACCUGAUCCAAUUUUAACACGGAACUAGUAGCGUCCUCGUUUCAAAAGACAGUGGAAUAUGUUACUAGUAUUGACCAGCGGACAAUAGUUUAUACCAAACAACGAGUCAUUGUCUACUGGUAUCAGUCCACUACCUCACCGACUGGUAUUUGAUGUAAACAAAUUUGUCAAGGCACUACGUACAAGCCCUGUAUAUAUAGAUGGCUAGUAUUAACAUCACUUGUAUGCUAUUGCUAGCGAUUUAUUUUUGAAUAAUAUCUUUUGUUUUAUCAUUAUUGUUGUCCAAAAGACAUUACUUGUAUUGAUCUGAAAUAUUACAUUCGUACACUUAUAACUUCUCAGUAUGCAUGUACAAAAUGCAUGUAAUGGACGCCAUUUGUUAUACAUGCAGUGUAUCUUGACCUGUCAGUAGUGAGAGUAGCCUACGGCUGUAUAUGCUAGUCCCUACAACUGUGUCAAAUUCACAAAUGUUUCUUUACACAGACGGCAUUUGACGGCAUUCA